UUGAUUUUACCACCCCUACGGCCUACUCACUCACAAAAGAAAGACCUCACGUGAGUGUGACACCCCUGGAGCUCCCACCUCAGCCUCAUCAUAUUGUGUGGCAUACAUUGAGAUAGCCUUUCUAAGAUCUUCCUUCUCUCCCCCUUCUCAAACACCAACAAAAUCAACAAUCCAAACAAACCCUCUCACAAAAAAAAUAAAGAAGAUAAAAAACAAUUAUCACCUCAAAAUCCCUCAAAACAAAAGAAGCCAUGGCCAACAUGAUGAUGAUGAGCUCUUCCAAAGCCUUAAUCACUUCAUCAUCCACCAUCCCACCAUCUCCAAGAUUCAAACUUUCCCUCGCUCAAAUCCCUUUUCCAAAACUACCCCUCCCUAAAUCACCUAAAUCCCACAAACCCCUUACCCUCCCAUCAAAUCUCAACACCAUUUCAGUCAUUCUUGCAAGCUCCCUAGCCAUAGCACCACCUUCACUUGCUGAAGAAAUUGAAAAAGCUUCUCUUUUUGACUUCAACUUAACACUCCCUAUUAUGAUGGCUGAGUUCCUCUUUCUCAUGUUUGCUUUGGACAAGAUUUACUUCAGUCCAUUAGGGAAAUUCAUGGAUGAAAGAGACUCAGCCAUUAAGGAGAAACUCAACAGUGUGAAGGACACUUCUGUUGAAGUGAAGCAACUGGAAGACCAAGCUGCUGCUAUUAUGAAGGCAGCAAGAGCUGAGAUAUCAGCAGCAUUGAACAAGAUGAAGAAGGAGACUCAGCUUGAAGUGGAACAGAAGAUUGCUGAGGGAAGGAAGAGAGUUGAGGCUGAAUUGCAAGAAGCAUUGGCUAGUUUGGAGAGUCAAAAGGAGGAGACUAUUAAGAGUCUUGAUUCUCAGAUUGCUGCUCUUAGUGAUGAGAUUGUCAAGAAGGUUCUUCCUGUCAGUAACUAAUUCUCAAAAGUUGUAUUGUAUGCUGUUGGUAAUUUGAAUAUAAUGUUUGUUUUGGCUGUUACUUUGUAUGUUAAAUCCAUCAUUAUAUACUGAUGAAAAAUCUCAUUUUAUGUGGUCA